AUGUUAAUUUAUAAGAAAGCAACUGCUUAGGGUAUCAUAUUUUGAGUUAUAAAUAGAACUAUAAAAGUAUAGGGAAGAUCAAGUUAAGAGUUGGAAAAAGGAGAAAGAUUUAUAAAGAUUAACAGAAACCCAAGUCAAUUAAAUGAUGGAUUUAUUUCUUUUAUUUGCUAGUCAACGUACAUUUACAAUAAGAGUAUGAUAUUUUGUGAUAUGCAGACAAAAGAUGUUGAAGCCUAAAAUACUCUUUUAAGAGUGAAUGAAGAAUCAACUUUAUUUUAGAAUGUAUUAUCAAAAAUGAUUCUGGUUGAUGAAGAUCUAAAUUUUAUCAAUUUUUUGAAGCUCUAUUUGCAAUGCAUUGUAAAUAUAAUUAGCAAUUUUUAUAGGGGGAAGCAUAAUAAGAAGAAUAAUUAAAAGAAUUGUAUACAACUCUAACUGCGAAAGGGACAAUCACUUUGGAAGACUUAAAAAGAUUGGCUUAAGAGUUAGAUCACUAUCAUCUUAAAGAGGAAGACUUAAAUGAAAUUAUGAAAGUGAUUU